AUGGCGAGGCGAGGCGGAGCCGAGGCGCGAGGGGCGGGGCGGGCUGCGGGCACUCCCCUCCGGGCCUGCCCGCCCCGCCGCUCUGCGCCGUGCUGCCGCUCUCUUGGUGCCCGCCGGGCUUGGCCACACCUGCCCCUGCCCCUGUCCCAGCCGAUGGGCAUAGCCGGGAAGCUCGCUAAAGUGGCCCGCUCGGGGUCCGUGCCCCAGGGCCUGAACUUCCUUGGGGAAGGAGUGGGAGAGGAGCAGCUUGUGAAGGGACCAGCGGGGAGAGAGGAAUGGGAAGCAGUUGUAAACCCAAGACUCAGAGACCUCCUUGCCUGCACUGUAAGGCUCUUCGCUGAGGUGGCUGACAGAGGGGUUGACCAGAAUAAGGAACUAAACUUCUCUGUCUGUGAAGAUUUUGAGAGUGGAGGUCAGAUGGCAGCACAAGGCACCGGAGAGGCCCACAGCCCAGCGUCUGAGAGGGAUAAGGACGAGGAGAUGGAGGAACCCAAGUCUCCCCCCAGAGGUGAACGUUAUCCUUCUCAGAUCACAGACAUGGAAAGACCGGGUCCCUCUAUGUGGGUUCCAGCCCUUCCCAAAUGUCCAGAGACGCCAAGACCACCCAGGAAGAGCAAGCCGCCAGUAGCUGACAACCUCUCCACACCCAAAAAUCCACGUGAGAUGACUUCGAAAGGAAACCUCUCUGCCCAAAGCGCUAAACGUGCGAGACUCUCACUUUCUCCCUUCAUGGAUGAGAAGACCUCUUUGUCUCUGGUUAAUAUCAACCCAUUCACUCCAGAGUCCUAUAGAAAAUCAGUCCUUCGAUCAAAUGAGAAAAGGAAAACCAGAGGCUACCAUGAGGAAGCGGAAGAAGGGGAAAGCAAAUCAAAACAGGUGCUGCCUACUAAGAGUAUUCUACGAGAAACUGAUAUGGCUUCCCGCUAUGAAAAGGAAUUUUUGGAGGUAGAAAAAAUUGGGGUUGGGGAAUUUGGUACAGUCUACAAGUGCAUUAAGAGGCUGGAUGGAUGCCUUUAUGCAAUAAAGCGUUCUUCAAGUCCAAUCUCGGGAUCAUCAAAUGAUAUGGAUUUGCAUGAAGUCUAUGCUCAUGCCGUGCUUGGCCAUCACCCCCAUGUGGUACGCUACUAUUCUUCAUGGACAGAAGACGAUCACAUGAUCAUUCAGAAUGAAUACUGUAAUGGUGGGAGCUUGCAAGCUGUGAUAUCCGAAAACGCCAAGUCUGGUAGCCACUUCCACGAGGCCAAACUCAAAGACCUCCUUCUACAGGUUUCCUUGGGACUUAAGUACAUCCACAGUUUUGGCAUGGUGCACCUGGACAUCAAACCCAGUAACAUCUUCAUUUGUAAUAAGUCGCAGAGUGACUCUCCUGUAGGUCCAGAAGAGGCUGAAAAUGAGGCUGACUGGUUUCUCUCUGCCAGUGUGAUGUAUAAAAUUGGUGACCUGGGUCAUGUGACAUCGAUCAGCAACCCGAAAGUGGAAGAAGGAGAUAUUCGCUUCCUGGCUAAGGAGAUCUUGCAAGAGAAUUAUCAACACCUUCCCAAAGGAGACAUAUUUGCCUUGGGGUUAACAAUUGCAAUGGCUGCAGGAGCAGAGUCAUUACCCAGUAAUGGGGACAUGUGGCAUCAUAUCCGCAAGGGGAACUUUCCAGACGUUGCCCAGGAGCUCUCAGAUGACUUUUAUGGUCUACUCAAGAGCAUGAUCCACCCUGAUCCACAGCAGAGACCUUCCGCAGCAGCACUGACCAGAAGUCAAAUUCUUUGGCCCUUCCCGGAAAGGACAGAUGAACUCCAGAAGCAACUCGACUUGGAGAAGUCCAAGGUAGCCAUACUGGAAAGGGAACUGAAAAAAGUUCAGCAAUCUCAGAGAGACAGCCAGCAUGGGGACCCUGCGAUCUCUGUCCACAAAGACUCAAAAAGCACAAGACAUCUGAUGAGAGGAGUGAAGAAUCCUCGAGAUUCACUUGUGGGGAAUUAUAACCAGCCACUUCUCACCAGCCAGCCUUUGGCCACAAGCCUUCAGAAGACAUACCGGAUGCAAGAAUGAGCCAGCUUAAAUGCACAAAGACUUCAAAAGCCAUCUGGUGGAGCAUCCACAGGCAAGGCCACAAACUUCUAGGGUGUCUUAGCAACGGCCUCACGUCUUGCCUACUGUUGUAUCUCUAGUGCCAUUUACUCAGGACUUCCAGUGAAGUAUGAGAAACAUGCCCCAUAAUUGAAAGAGGAACAGAAACACACUAUUUUAGCCUAUCAGUCAAGAAGCUGCCAUAACUUAUUCUUUGCUGUGGAUCCAGGGAAC